UAAGAGGCGACUCAUUUACGCCAUACCUAUAAUCCUGGCUUUCCCCUCGUGCGUUGGUCGUUUCCGCUAAAAUGUUGCCCCCAGCAGGUCCACCUGGCAAAGACAAAUUUAAAAUCAAUCUAAAUAUGAAUUGUUUUAGGAUAGUUUUGGCCUCAACCUGAUCGAAUGAAAGAAUCUAAAACCAGGCGGUUUUGACAUGGACAACUACACGCAAUCGUGAACAAAAAGUCGUUGGGACAUUUAUACGAUGCAACGAAUUAUCUGUGUUUUACAACUGAAGUUUGGAAAAAAGCACUGCUAUCCUUAAAAAAACGCGUUAAGCAGCCAAUAAAAAUUAAGCACUUCAUGCCAGUUAGCUAAUAAUAAUUACCUAGCCUAUGUUAGCCAAUCAAAACCAAGGAACAUUUCACAAGUGAACAGGCUGAAAGAUCCAGAUGCAAAUCAAACAUGGAUGAAAUUAACUGGUCCAAUGACUUUUAUUCAGAUAGAAGAAUCGUAUGUGCUCUUGCAUUUAAAUCUUUGAUUCCUGAGUUUCUUGCAUUUUGUUAUUGACACUAUUAAUUGGUAAUUCAGGGGUAAUCGUGCUCGUAAUUUCAAAUCAGCCUCACGCUACGCACUCAGCCAAUUUGAAAUCACUUAAUUGCCUGAUUACUCCCUGAAUUGUACUCCACUCAGUCCUAUUACCAUUACUUAUUACAUGGCAUAAUAUCAUCAUUUUAAAAAGAAUAGCUUGUUUCAUAAUCAUUACUUUAUUUCUUAUGUGGUAGUCUAUUGAAUACAGCAUACAGUUCGACUGGCUUGUUUGCUCUAAUCCGCUGUUUAUAAUUUCAUACAUUUGUAUGGUUUUGAAUGUAGAGUCCACAGAUCAGUAUUCUGUAAAAUAUCGAUUACAUCUCAAAUUAGAUGUCAUUGUGAAGGAUGUCAAUCAUGUGUGAAUGCUUGAGUGAUUUGUGUUAUUUUCAGAAUAAAUUAUUACAAACACUGUUAAAAAUAAUCAGCCAAUUUUUGCCCCACAAUAAUAACAAAUUUUUUCAUUAUCAAUUAAAUGACCUUGUUGUAUUUUUGCAAUUGCAGUACGUGAUAUGGGUAGAUUCUUGAAAGGUUUCUUCAGUAUUACUUGUCCAUCCUUGAUCCAUUUAAGUGUUUCAUUUACUGUCAUUGAGAAAUGUAGAUUUUUGUAUGUUGGGAAGGCAGUAAUUACAGGUUAUAUUGUCUAAGUAUUGAUUUCAUAGCCUUAGCUAUAGAUAAAUUAUAUUUUUUGGUGUUUAGAAAUAUUUAUUUGACAGAAUUGAUAUUUCCAACAUAGAAGAAUUUUUUUUCCAUUUUAUUAUACACUGUAUCUUUUAGUCUUUUAUUUUAGAAUUAUAAAUUAGUGUGCAACCAUACUGCAGCAUUGCCAAAUAAAAUAUUCAUCUCAAACAGUAAUAAAUAAUUGAUACAGCAAAGGUUUAACUUAAGUUCAAUGAAGCUCAUUGUUUGUUGCUAGAAACUGUUGCUAUGAAAUUAUAUGCUUUCCUAUAGUUAGAUGAAACAAAUCUCCACGAUCAGACACUAUGGGCGACUUUUCAAACGACUGCAACAUAACCAGAAAAGCCUUUGAAACUGCAGCAAAGAAAACAUUAGAUGUUUUGGAUUUAAACAGGAAAAGCAUUGAACAGAUUCCAAGUGGAUUGCAUCAACUCAAACUCUCCAGUCUGAAAUACCUCUAUCUUGAAGGCAACAGGAUUUCAUCUCUACCUGAAGAUUUCUUUGUUUGUGUAGCCAGUUUAGAAUGGUUCGAUCUCAGGAACAACAGACUUUGUGAAAUCCCUAAAAACAUUGGAGAGCACAAGAAUUUAAAGACACUGUUGCUAGGGAGAAAUCAGCUCACAUUUUUACCUGCGGAAAUAGGAUUGUUGAAAACCUUGACAGGACUGAACUUAUCUGAUAAUCUGCUGGAAGAGCCUCCACAAUCUGUGAUUGCUGAAGGUGUUUACGCCAUCAAAGCGUAUCUGCUGAUAAAGCUUGGGUUGAACCCUGAGGAAGUUUACAGCGAAGACUCUGAAUCAGGGCACCAAAGUAUAGAAAGUGGAGAAAAUGUCUCAGGAGAUGGCGAUGAAAUGAGCAGAGAUAGUGGCAGCAUAAAUGAUAAAGGGAAAGAGAGAAAUGAAGGAGAUGCGUUAAAUUACCACAACAAUUUCAUUAAAGUUGACCUUCACACAACAGAAUCUGUUCACCCCAAAGUCGUCGCCAUGUCGUAUUAUGGAGCACUGCUUGGUGACAUUCCAAAUUCAUACAUUUUUAAGCCUUGGAAAACUGGAGUAUUCUUUAAAAAGGAGGAGAGAGAGAAUAAGCUAUCGGCUCGAAACCUAACUUCAGAACAACAUUAUGACAAAACACAGUGAAAUAAGCAUUUCCGAACUU